AUGGAGGAUCUUGUAGUGGAAGUUCGCGGGAGCAACGGUGCAUUUUAUAAGGCGUUCUUGAAAAACAUUUAUGACGAGGAGGUUUCUGUCACAUUUGAAAACGACUGGCAGCCGGAGAGGCGACUUAAGUUCACAGAGGUCCGUCUACCCCCUCAUGACCUUGGUCGCCGAGACUUCAAAGAUGGCGACAGUGUGGAGGUGUGCGCUAAGAGCAGUGAGGAGGAACCAUGUGCAUGGUGCCCGGCCAAGAUUAAAAUGAUGAAGGGAGAGUUUGCUGUUGUGGAUUUCCUUGGCUGGGAGGGCACAGAUAUUUUACCUAUUGAUAAAGUCAGGGCGCCAAACAAUAAUCCAUGCAUUUCAAAAAAUAGUUUCCAUAAAUAUGUUAUAGAUGUACCAGAAGAUCUAUUGGAUACGUGUGCAGACGAAUCAGCACAUAGAGAUUUCAAAAGGCAUUGUGGUGCUCAGUUAGUCUUAUUUAACCGAGAAGAAAGUGCUCUUAUAGUCCUGUCAACACAUGAGAAUGUGCUGAAGCGGGCAUCUAUGUUAGGAGAUAUGCACCUGAGAAACCUCAGGCAAAAGUCCAUCAUCAAACAGAGAACGGAAGAGGCCGUGAAAAAGUUACAGAGUACAAAGAUCAAGUCAGGUUAUGUUGAAGAAUUCUCGGUGCUGGAAGAUGUCAUGGGUUUGGCAAUAGGUACACACGGUGCCAACAUCCAGCAGGCUCGUAAAGUUCCCGGCAUCACCGCUAUAGAACUGGACGAGAACUCGUGUACAUUCAAAGUACACGGGGAGACAGAAGAAAGUGUAAAAAAAGCCAGAGCUAUGUUAGAGUUUGCAGAAGAUACAUUUCAGGUGCCAAGAAAUUUAGUAGCUAAAGUCAUAGGUAGAAAUGGUAGAAAUAUUCAGGACAUCGUGGACAAAUCCGGGGUUGUGCGAGUGAAGAUUGAGGGAGACAACGAGGGUGAAUCUCCAAGACAGGAGCAGGCUAUUGCUGGCUGUCCACAGGGCAUGGUCCCCUUUAUCUUUGUUGGCACGUUGGAAAGCAUCUCCAAUGCUCACGUCCUACUGGAUUACCACCUUUCUCAUCUCAAGGAAGUAGAAAUGCUGCGACAAGAGAAGCUUGAGAUUGAUCAACAGUUGAAGAAUAUUUCUGGUCCACAGCUGGGUCCUUAUUUUCCUCCGCCACAUGACAGAAGGAGGCGGUCUGACUCACAGGGCGAUGAUCGGGGCCGACCGCCCUCCAGCAUGAGGGGGCGGGGCAUGGGGAGAGGAGGAAGACGCUGGGGAGACAGGUACUCGGCUGCAGGUGACGAUGAGUCCGUCUCCUCCAGACCCAUUGCUGAUUGGUCAGCGGAGGUGGCCGAGGCUGAGGAGCGCCGCCAGUCUGGUUAUUUGACAGACAGCGUUGUCACGGGUGGGCGGGGUCGUGGCUACCGUCGAGGUCGAGGCCGAAUGCGAGGCAUGUCCAUGCACCCCUCUCACCAAUGUGUUUCUCACGACGAGAGCGGAGGUUACGGGUCGCGGCGACGAAUGACGGACGAUGAUGACACUGUUCUGGACAACGCCAGUGUGAACAGCCAGGAUCAAGAUAGCGUCUCCUCUAUUGAUGGUCCUCGACGCAGGCGCCGUAGACGGAAUAGGCGGAGAGGGAACGGAGGCACUGCAUCUGGCACUGAAACGGAUACAAGUACGUCUAACUACCGGGGGAGAAUGUCGUCUGGGAUGUCAGGGCGAGGUGGCUACAGGUCUGAGGGCUACUCAGGCAACCGUUCUGAGGGGUAUGGCAGUCAUAACAGGAGGUCUCAAUCCCCAGGCUACCAGCAGAGGAGGUACCCCUCUGGUCCACCCAAUGCUAAUGGUGCAUCUGGGGGUAAAGAUGUAAAGCCAGGUCCUGUCAUUCAGGGGGAGCCUGCACAGCCACCACGUCCCCAGCGACCCCCGAGGGAAGAGCAAAGGGAGACCAGGCCCCGCCCUGGGGCUCCCAAGCCUCCUCAGGGGAGACCAGGCCAGGGCAGCGGCAGUGAAUCGGACUCUAAAGUGAACAAAGCCAAAACAAGCAAUGCCCAGAAGAGCAAAGAUGUGCUGGUCAAUGGAGGACAGUAGGUGUGAGGGGAAGGUGGCUGUGGCCCCUCAAGGGGAGGGGAUGUGAUGAGAAGGGAGGCCCCUCCCCCUUCUAUCCCUCGCUCACGCCCAGCACAGGGCUCCCGUCACGUUCAUGCAUGUACGUAGUUACAUAAUCCUCUCCAGUGAGUGGUCUCUCCUGGAGUGCCCAUAUAACCAACCCCAGAUUCUGCUCUAGACGGGACGUUUUUAACAAAUUGUGUGAAUUUUCGCCAAAGACCCCCAUCACAGAGGAGAAGAUGGAUGUGCUGCAGGAUGUGGGAUGUGCUUGUUGUGGUACUGAAACAGGCUUAGCAUCUCUACGUAGGGCAGGGCGUAAGGAAUGAAGGGGGUCACGGUUUGUCAACAAAAAAAAAAAUAGUUGACCAUAUCCAAAUGUUGACAAUAUACCAGUGUGUGAGACCAGUGUAUGCGCGACCUCUCCUUAGAGAGACAAAGUGACUUCGGAAAGUGAAACUGAAAGUCAAAUGUAUACAUGUGGUUGUACAUGAAGUGGCUAUUGAUUAGACUGAAG